CAAUUAUUCCUAAAGGCUAUGAAAGGUAGGAGAAAAUGGAUCGUAGUGACCUGAAAAGCACAAACACAUCCCCAAUCCUUAUCCUCUACAAUGAUGCGACUCACGGCCUUCACUCUUGUUGCUAUUGCAACCAUUUUCGGCUUUGCUUUUGCUGGACCUAUCAAUUUGGAAAACCGUUCAAGUGGUGUAUCUUGCGGUGAUGUAAUUCAAAUUACGAGCAAGUUAGGCUAUGGUGCCUCAACCGGUGGUUAUCCAAAAUUCAUACUUGGUAAAAAGUAUGAUGAACAGGGUCAAUUACAAGUUACGCAAUUAGAAGAUGGAGCUGAAACAUUGGAUGUGACUGUUCGUGGUUGCAAUUCUACUUACCUUGGCCUCUAUAGCAACACGAACGAUAAGUCAGUAUAUAUGUACCCUUACGGUUACGUUUCAUUUGGUAGAAUAUUUCUAGCAGAAGAUAAUAACAAGUGUUUACAGCGUCAUGAAGAUUUACCAUUCUCAGAGUAUACCAAGAAAACACAUAUUACCGUCGAAGAAUGUUCGAACGAAGAUGACGCAGAUCAAGCAAGACAAUUUUGGUACUUCCAAGACCAGUACUACACCGCCAGCCCACUCAUAAAAUCAUCAAGCGGAAACAGGGCUUAUAUUCCACUUGAUAUUUUCUUAUCAAAUUCCACACCGCCAGCACUCAUUACAUCCAGAACGAAUGCUGGAAAUCCCAGAAAUGCCAUCAGUAUUUGAUCGAUUGUGUAAAAUUAUUUACGAUGACAACGAUUAGUAGUCUCUCUCUCCUUUGUAGGGAAUGGUUUCCUUCUUAC